AUGAAUGUGAAAAAUAUUUCUUCGAAUGUAUAUGUUGGUAAUACAUUCAGAAAUCACUUGUGCGAACAUUCUUAUUUAUCUUCAGUUUCAAAAGGUCCGUCAAAACUUGUUCACAGUGUUAUUAGAAAUUGUUCGCUAAUCAGUCAAAGAAGUCAAACUGCAUGCAACAAAUUAAGGAAAUGUACAGUACGUAAAGAUGUGGAUCUUGACAAACUACCAGCAGAUCCUGGCAGUCUUGCAGCUCUGGCAUUGCAUAUUGUGCCAGGCACAUACAUGAUCGCAUCAAAUUGA